CUAUGAAAAAGUACAAGCCAACUGAUGCUACAACAAAUCCCAGUUUGAUCCUAGCCGCAGCAAAAAUGCCACAGUAUAAAGAUUUGAUAGGUAAAGCUUUAAAAUUAGCUGCUGCAACUGGAAAGACACUUGAAGAACAAAUUGAGGAAGCAAUGGAUCAUCUUGUUGUGUUAUUUGGUACUGAAAUUUUGUCUUUGAUUCCUGGACGAGUGUCUACAGAAGUAGAUGCUAGAUUAUCUUUUAACAAAGAAGCAAGUAUUGCUAAAGCUAUCAAGUACAUAAAAAUGUACGAAAAAGCUGGAAUUCCCAAAGAACGUAUAUUAAUUAAGUUAGCUUCUACUUGGGAGGGUAUUCAAGCAGCUAAAGUUUUGGAACAAGAACAUGGUAUACAUUGUAACUUAACUUUAUUAUUCUCUCUUUAUCAAGCCAUUGCUUGUGCUGAGUCUGAUGUUACAUUAAUAUCUCCAUUUGUGGGUCGUAUUUUAGAUUGGCAUGUAGCAAACACAAAUAACAAAAGUUUUGAACCCUUAAAAGAUCCAGGUGUCCAAUCAGUAACCAAGAUAUAUAAUUAUUUUAAAAAAUUCAACUAUAAAACAGUUGUGAUGGGUGCAUCAUUCCGUAAUAUUGGUGAAAUCAAAGCAUUGGCUGGAUGUGAUUUGUUAACUAUCAGUCCAAAGUUACUUGAGGAAUUGGAACUGUCCAAUGAGCCACUCACAGAAUAUUUGACUGUAAAGAAUGGAAAAGCUUCAGAUUUGGAAAAAAUUGAGAUUAAUGAAGCCAAAUUCCGCUGGGAAAUGAACGAAGACAAAAUGGCCAAUGAUAAGUUGUCUGAAGGCAUAAGAAAUUUUGCAGCAGAUUCUCGUAAACUUGAGAAAAUUCUCGCAGAGACGUUGACCGAAAUCAAAUAAAUACUUGUCUUGUAAUGUCUAGUAAAUGAAAAUUGUAUGUUAUGGGGAACAAAAUGUUGUAAAAU